AUGCGUUCCUUCAUCGCCGCCGCUCUCCUGGUCGCCGGAGUCACUGCCCAGACCCUCGGUGACAUCGAGACCUGCGCCAACGCCAUCAUGAACGACAUCGACCUCUCCACAUUGGAAGGCUGCUCCAACAAGAACGCCACAGACUGCGUCUGCUCCACUGAUUUCACAGACAAGAUCAGCGAUGACACAACCGCCACCUGUAAAGACGCAGGCGUGAGCCCUGACGACCUCAAGGGCAAUCUCUGCUCCAGCGCUAGCCCCAGCUCCAGCUCCCGUGUUGCUGCCCCAGCCCGCCACGCCAGCAGACCCAUGGAGCCAGUCUCAAACAUCGAGAUGGCCAAGCGCGCCUACGCCCCUCCCAUUGCUGAGCACGGUGCUGCUGAGCCGGCUGUUCCCCGUGUCAUCUAUGUGACCGAGACCAAGACCGAGUGCGGAUGCAAGGCCAGUGCUACUCCCUUUGACCCUUCGCACCUUUCGCAGAUCCCUGUUCAGGUUCCUGCUAGCAGCAGCAUGGGUGGCAUGGCUGCUGCUUCGGCGCCUGCUUAUUCUCACGGUGUUGUUGUUGGUUCUUCUUCUGCUUCUUGGCCUUUCGGUUCGCACAGUGCUACCCCUACUCCCUCUGGUGCUAGUGCGCAGGGCUUCCACCCUUUCACGGGCUCGGCACCUAAUGUUGCUGUGCACGGUGGCGUUGCAGCGCUUGGUGUCGCUGCUGUGAUGGGAUUGAUGAUUGCUCUGUAA